GCAGUGUUGCGGGACUGGGGACAUUGGGAAGUGGUGGGAUGCCAGGGUCACCCUCCAGGUCAUGGGCAGGUAGGGCUGCUUGUGAAGUGGGGGGGUGUUGGGUGGAUAGUUUGGGCAGAAUCGGGGACAAUCCCCCAGGUGGCCAGGAUGGGGGUCCUCCAUGGUUCUCACCAGGUCUCACCAGUACAGCCGUGCUGGGAAGGAGUGAGUUAACAGCGGCGCCAGAUCCCACCCUGGCCCCGCUCCCUUCCUAUAGAGCAGCCUGGCUUUUCCUUCUUCCUGCACAUUGUGACAAGACGUAGGUGUAAGUGACGGGCAGGGGCUUGGCUGGGCUGCGGGGUCUCCAGACGCUGGGAAGUGUGUGGGGAACAUGGGCACCCUGCCAUGGAGGGUCCCGCUCGGCACCAGGACCAGGCGGCAGCCCAUGUCCAGUACCGUCCAACAUCUCCAAGAAGGCACCAUGGAGGUGUCGGGGAGGACCCCCACCAGCCCAACCCACAGAGUCCAGACUAUCAUCCAGAACAGCCCCCUGGACCUGAUUGACAUGGGCAAGGGGCUCAAAGUCCAGACGGAGAAGCCACAUUUGGUGAGCCUGGGCAGCGGUCGGCUCAGCACUGCCAUCACACUCCUGCCCCUGGAGGAAGGGAGGACCACCAUUGGCACGGCUGCGACAGACAUCAUCCUGCAGGGCCCCGGGCUGGUGCCCCAGCACUGCUACAUUGAGAAUGUGCGAGGGAUGCUCACCCUGCACCCCUGUGGCAACGCCUGUGCCAUCGACGGCGUGCCACUCCAGCAGCCCACGCACCUCACCCAAGGUAGGAACAGGCUGUGCUUCACUGGCGCCUUUGCCUGUGGAAUUGUGCUGUUGAGUAUUUGGGUGUUUGAGGAGCCAUGCAGUAACUGCAUAUCCUAGCUGGCAUACUCCUGGCCUCUGUGCUCUGCGGUGGAAACCUGCCAGGUCCUGGCACAGUUUGAGAGCUGGCUUUGCUGCUGGUAUCAAGUGAGGUGGGAAGGGAGAGACCCGGGGAGGCCUUGAAGAACAGCGGAGAUGCUGAGCCAACUUUGGGAAGGGAGAUGAUAGAGGAAAACACCUUGGGUGUCCUCCCGACGGAUGGCUGCCGGGACAUUGCUGGUCUG